AUAGCGGUGACGGAAAGCCAAUGGAAUCGAAACGGAACAGCCCCAGCCUGCCACGUCACCUCUAGGCAGAGCACCCUCGCUCUUGCUUGAAGAGAGAGAAACCUUCAAUUAUAAAAGAAAAUCAGCGAGCACUUUUCUCACAAAAGUUGGCUUCUUCAAAUCAUUUCGAGCUUCUCCACAGUAAACCUCCUUUGCUUUUCUUCUCCUGCCUCAUUUUCUCCGCUUCUAGCUCACACCUUCGGUCGAGAGAACCGUAAAAGGAAGGAAGAUAAUGGAGAGGAGCACGCCGGUCAGGAAGCCACAUACUUCGACGGCGGAUCUGCUUACCUGGCCGGAGACGCCUCAACUGGUUGAUCCGCCGGUGCCCGACUCCGCCACACGUCGUUCUCACAAGCCGUCGGGAGGCAUCAGCCCAGCGUUGUUCGGCGGACCGAUGACUGAGGAGGAGGUUGAAAGUGUGAAUAAGAGUUACAGGAAACCGACCUCUGGUCCCAAGUUAAAAGAGAUGACUGGUAGUGGCAUUUUUUCAACUGUCAAUGAAAAUGAUAUAUCAGAGUCUGGCAGCUUCUUGAAAAAUCUCAAUGACAAAACUAGUGUGAAAAUUUAUCAGCAAGCAAUUAGCGGCAUCAGCCAGAUUUCAUUUAGUACUGAGGAGAUUGUUUCCCCAAGGAAACCCAUCUCUUUGCCAGAAGUAGCAAAGCAGCGAGAAUUAAGUGGGAGUCUUGAGAGUGCUGCAGAGGAUAAAAUGAAGAAGCAACUAUCUGAUGCAAAGACCAAAGAGCUCAGUGGGCAUGAUAUUUUUGGUCCUCCUCCUGAGGUUCCUCUUAGGCCUUUAGCUGCACGUAAUUUGGAAUUGAGAGGACAGCUUGACUUCGGAGAACCUGCACCCCCAAACAUUUGCACAUCAGUGAAAGUGUCUAAUCUUCAGCCUCCUGGUGGUCAAAGCCACAUCAUGUCUAGCGAGGAACCUGUACCGAAGACAUCGAAGAAGAUCAACAACCAGAAGUUCCAGGACCUAUCUGGAACUGACAUCUUCAAUAGUGACGCUGUGUCUGGAUCAGUUGAGAAGCCUCUGAGCUCUGCAAAACUGAAAGAGAUGAGCGGCAGUGAUAUAUUUGCAGAUGGAAAGGCAGCCUCUCGUGACUACUUUGGAGGUGUUCGUAAACCUCCUGGUGGUGGAAGCAGUAUUGCGCUGCUUUGAAGUCUAAUUGUAGAUGGCUCAUAUUGUUUUUAAGUUUGUAGAUGUUUUUGAUUUGUGUGUUAGUGGAUCUGGAUUAUUAACUAUCUAAUGUAAUGGUGGAGGCAGAUAUUCUAUUUAUUUUCCAAGAUUUUAGUUGGGAGAAAACUUGUUUAGAUUUUUUAUAUGGUUUUGAGAUCUGGAGUGCUGUGUUGUUAUGGCUAAUUGUUGAAUCAUGUCUUGGAUGAUGUUGCUGGGCAUUUUAGUAGUACUUGUUAUACUUGCGUUGCAAAUUGUAAAGGAUCAUGAAUGUGGUUUUAUUAUUGUUGUUAAUAUUAAGGUUUGUCCAAAACUGAAAUUA